AUGAAGGCCCACGACGGUGUGCGCUUCGCCGUCGUUGAGGGAACCUUCCUCUUGGAAGCUUUCGAGGCUAUCGAGAAGCUCGUAGACGGUGGUACGUGUACCAAAGCAGUUGCACCGCCGCCCGACACCGACUUCGUCAUCGUUCCCCGUCUCGCCCAAGCCGCAGACCCCAGCCUCGUCACUCGCCUCAUCGAGGGCAACCUCGAGGACUGGCGCGGCAUCACCCUAGUCACCGCCGAAUGGAUCAAGCUGUCAACCGAGAUGGUUCACAAGUUCAAUGAGCUUUACGACGAGUACAAGAUCGGCGAGGCGAAGGACGUGCGCGUGGAGGCUGACCUUGAUUUCGGCCGUCCGCCCAUUCCCAUCGGCAACAAUCUCAUCGUCAACGUCGAGGAGCUGCCUCAGGAUAGCCAGUCUCUCAAGAGCGGCAGCAUCAAUGGUGACGGCGCCUCUCCCUCCAUGCCCUCCACCUCGCUCACUCAAAACGGCAAGGAAGACACCACCGUUGAUGACACUCCCAAGCCCGGUUAUCCCUUCCCUGCCUCCACCAAGAAUGCCGAUCCCACCAGCCCAGGCACCCCUACGCCCCCAACUGAGGUUGAUACCACCAUCAGUGCGCCACCCACGCCGACGAAGAGCAAGAACAAGAAUGCGCAGCGCAAGGCCGCUCGCAAGCGUGCUAAGAACAAGAAGAAGAACCUUGGCGAGCUCGAGGAGACUGAGGGCGAGGACGAAUCGACUACAACCGACCAGUCGAAGCCUCAGGAACAAGAGCUUACAGUUUGGGACCGUGUUAGGAACCUCAAGAACAAGGACACUGUGUCGUCCAUCACCGAUCGUGGGUCCCCACGGAGUCAUUCGAGCUCUGGGGGCGGGUGGCUGACGACGUCUUCCCGAAGCACAGCCCGCACCGCCUGGUGUCAACAGCCGCGCCGUGAGAAGGACCAACCUGCGCUUUCCUGGGAGAGCAUCCGCGACACCUCCACCCCUGCCUCGGACCGCUUCUUCACCGACGAGCUCUUCGACGCGUACAUUCGCUGUUUGAACGAUAAUCUCCAGGCUUGCGGUGUCAAGGCGCUGGUGCUCGGCACCGCCUACUGGACGGAGCUGCUCGACGAGUGUAUGCACAGGCACCCUGCUCGUGGCCCCGUUAGCCAGUAUGGGCUGAUUCGUGUCGGCCACACAGAUUACGACCGCAUCAUUUUCCCCAUUCGACUCGGCCAUAUCUGGAGUGUGGCGAUUCUGGACGUUGAGCAUCGCGUCGUCACCUGGUACGAUGCAUUUGGAUCCGAUCAACUCGACCAGAAGGUUGCUUCCAAGGAGCCGGUGAACUAUAGUGGUGUGCACGCUGCACUCUCCUGCGAAAUUCUGGCAAGGCAGGGCACACACAACGACCACCUUAUCCAGUGGCUGAUGGUCGAGUUCCGGCGCACGUGGCGCAGCCCUUCGGUGCCCAAGACGGUCCCCGACAGCUGGCUCCUCCGCGCUAUUCGGUGGGUUGUCUACAUCUGCGCCAAAGGCGGGUACUGGGAUGACGCGUGGGACGCCGACAUGCGCCGCUGCAAGAGCCAGUCGCAGGCGUCCAAGGCGUCAAGUGUGCAGGGUCGUCCGGUGGAGGUCAAGGGUCUCGAGAUCAUCGGCCUCGACAGCGAGGCGGCAACGGCGUAG